AUGUCCCUUCCUGCGGUCGACCUCAAUUCUUUGGUGGCCACCCAAUAUUUAUCGGCGGUCGCGGUUACACUGACGCUCUAUGAACGCCUACUUGUAUUCGAGAAGGAGGUCGAGUUGAUAUGGCGACAGCCAUGGUCAGCGCUGCCUAUACUCGUCCUCCUUGAUAUGUACGGAAGGCAGGCCAGUAUGCUGUUCAUCGCAUACGUGGUAAGCGGCAUCUCGACCAACAUCAGUGACUCUUUAUGUCAGGCCUUCAACCGAUUUAUCGCGACAUACGGACUGUUGAGCACUGCUUCGAUUCAAUCGACCGCACAAUAUAACGAGGUCUACCACGCGUGUGGAGUGCCGCAUAGACCGCUGUAUCUCAUAGGCGCAUAUGCAGGAACGCUCGCGUAUUAUAUUUAUGUCAUGAUUCUCCUGGUCAUCAACUCUUUGAACAGGCCUCGGAAACGCGAUUUCGAGAUCAUCAAGAAUCUAUACCGCGAUGGAGUGUGGACACUGCUGGUCUUCACAGUUCUCCAGCUAGCGCGGUUGAUGCCUGCGAUCUUUGGAGGGACGGCGCAGACAUUGCUUACCCCUUUGAUUACGUGGGCGCUGGACGGGAUUCUGAGCUUCCGACUCUAUCUGACAUUGAAACAAGUCGAAGUGGAUGCUCGGAAAGGAUGGAAGACUGUUACCGGCUCGCAGCAGGUGUUCGUCUUCGAAGAAGUGGAGAUGGACUUGAAGUAAUGACUUUGCAAUGAUUAUUUAACGGUAUGUUACACGUUUGUACGAGUUAAUGGAUGUACGUUACACUCCUCUUCAGCCCUAACUAUGUACCUUCUGCCGGCGUCCAGGUCGUCACCGGUUCACUCACCAUCGUCGUUGUAACAUGUGCUCGAUCCAUCCAGACACCACAGCCCGCAGAUGUGCAGUAACAAGGCGCUGAGGCAGACCUGCCGCCGGCGAUGCAUUUUGUUUUCGACCACUGCUCGGCAGCCAUCGCUCGGAUGCCUCGGUGAUCAGGACAAUACAGUACCACUGAACAGUUUUCUGCUCGUGACCACGAUGCUGCGUUGAAUGGAACCACCGGCGGAAACGAAGGAUUAGUAUGGGCGUCCCGGCCUCGGGGAAAUACAACCAAGUGUUCAC